AUGCCUCGCCCACCUCCUCCAUUCCCCUUCCUCCUCCUUCUCAUUCUCUCCACCGCCGCCGCUGCAGCAGCAGCAUCUCACUCCUGCAACUCCCAACAUUCCACUCCCUGCCCGCCAUUCCCGUCGCCGCCGCCGUACCCAUUCUCCUCCUCCCCUGGCUGCGGCCACCCUUCCUUCACUCUCAAAUGCGCUUCCCCUCACUCCAUCCUCUCCCUCGCAAACGCCUCCUUCUCCGUCCUAGCCUUCCGCCCUAAUUCCUCCUCCCUUUCCCUCUCCCCUCGUCUCCUUCUCCCCCGCCAUAACUGCUCUGCCCUUCCUCCGUCCCUCCACUUCUCCGGCACCCCUUUCCGCCUCGCCGACUCCUCCUGCUCCCGCCUCUCCGCCCUCCGCUCUUGCUCCCCUCCCAGCCUCCCUAAUUGCUCUCUCUGCCCUUCAGACUGCUCCUUCGUCAAAACCCCUCUCCGCCUCCUCCCCUCCUGCUCCUCCUCCCCUCUCCGCCACCCCUCGCAGCAGGGAUGCCAGUCCGACGUCCUAGACUAUCUCCUCCACUUCCUCCAGAUUGGGUUCGAGGUCGAGUACGAUGAGGACGACGAGUAUUUCUCCAGCUGCAAAAUCUGUCGAUCUGGGAAUGGGGUUUGUGGGUUUAACUCCUCCGAUCCGGAGAAGAAGUUCGUUUGCUUCCGCUCCGCCGCCCGGAUUUCGCCAUGGAUUCGCGACGAGGAUACGAAUCGGAUUGCGAUCCUCUGCUCGAUUUUCACGGUUAUGUGUUUGCUUCUCGUGGUCUUGAUUGUGGCGGCGGUUUUCAGGUCCAGGCACUUGAAGGCGCUUGUGGCGGAGGAGGAUCCGACGACGACGUUCCUCCACCGUCACCGCUCGGCCAGCUUGCUCCCUCCGGUGUUCACCUACGAGGAGCUUGAAGCGUCGACGAACCGGUUCGACCCGAAGAGGAAGAUUGGGGACGGCGGGUUCGGGUCGGUUUACUUGGGGCAGCUGUUCGACGGGAGGAUUGUUGCUGUGAAGUAUCUCCACAAGCAGCACCACCACGCGGCCGCCUUCUCCGCCAAGUCGUUCUGUAACGAAAUCUUGAUUCUGUCUUCGAUAGAUCACCCGAAUCUCGUCAGGCUCCACGGGUACUGCAGCGACCCGAGGGGUUUGCUGUUGGUGUAUGAUUACGUCCCCAACGGAACACUGGCAGACCACCUCCACGGCACCCAUCGGAAAUCGGCGAUGAAUUGGCAGGUGAGGCUGGACAUUGCUCUGCAGAUGGCGUUGGCUUUGGAGUACUUGCAUUUCUCCGUCAAGCCCGCGAUUGUUCACAGGGACAUUACGUCGAACAACAUAUUCGUGGAGAGGGAUAUGAGGAUCAAAGUCGGGGAUUUUGGGCUGUCGAGGUUGCUGGUCUUCCCGGAGACGACGAAUUCGUCGUCCACUUCUUCGUCGGCCGGGUUUGUCUGGACCGGGCCGCAGGGGACGCCGGGGUAUUUGGAUCCGGAUUACCACAAGUCGUUCCGGCUGACGGAGAAGAGCGAUGUGUACAGCUUCGGGGUGGUGUUGCUGGAGCUGAUUUCCGGGAUGAGAGCGGUGGACCAGAGACGGGAGAAGCGGGAGAUGGCGCUGGCCGAUUUGGCGGUGUCGAGGAUCCAAAUGGGGCUGCUCCACCAGGUGAUCGACCCGAUUCUGAAGAAGGAAGACGGGGCCAUGGAAGGCGUGGACGCGGUGGCGGAGCUGGCGUUCCAGUGCGUGGCGGCGGAUAAAGACGACCGGCCGCACGCCAAGGAGGUGGUGGAGGAGCUGAAGCGGAUCCGGAACCGGACCCGCGUCGGGUCGCUUCGCGGGUCGGGUGCUUCGAAUCCGGGAGAUGAUCUGGCGGCGAGGGGAUGA